CCCCUUGUAGCUGUAAUGCCCGGUAGCGGCCGCUGGGUGUCGCUGUUCCUUUGAUCAUACGGAUCUUGUCGCUGCUCCUCCUCGCCAGCGCUCAGCAUACAAUAACAUCAUAGAUACCAGCGGCCGUGGACCGUGUGUUCCCCAGGGGGCCGCACAUCAAGAUACAGAGAUGUCCUACGUCUUUGUGAACGAUUCGUCCCAGACCAACGUUCCCCUGCUGCAGGCCUGCAUUGAUGGGGACUUCACCUACUCCAAGCGCCUACUAGAAAGCGGAUUCGAUCCCAAUAUCCGGGACAGCCGGGGCCGUACGGGACUUCACCUGGCUGCAGCCAGAGGGAACGUAGACAUCUGCCAACUACUGCACAAAUUUGGGGCAGAUCUCCUCGCCACUGACUAUCAGGGGAACACUGCGCUGCACCUGUGCGGCCAUGUGGACACCAUACAGUUCCUGGUCUCCAAUGGCCUCAAAAUUGAUAUUUGCAAUCACCAAGGCGCUACCCCACUCGUUCUGGCAAAGCGCAGGGGGGUGAAUAAAGAGGUUAUCCGCAUGUUAGAAUCCUUGGAGGAACAAGAAGUGAAGGGCUUCAACAGGGGCACUCACUCGAAGAUGGAAACCAUGCAAACUGUCGAAAGUGAACGGUACGUCCAGUGCUCUGAGCUGCUGAUGGAAAAGGGGCACAGCACUCUGUCGGAAGGAUCCACUGAGGAAGAUUGUGCUAUGGAAAGUCAUUCCCUCUUGAAUCCAAACCUUCAACAGGGAGAGGGAGUCCUCUCCAGCUUCCGCACCACUUGGCAGGAAUUUGUGGAGGACCUUGGCUUUUGGAGAGUCCUCCUCCUCCUCAUUGUUAUUGCCCUACUUUCUCUAGGCAUUGCAUACUAUGUCAGCGGGGUGCUGCCAUUUGUGGAAAAUCAGCCAGAACUAGUUCACUAGGAGAGGAGCAAAGCUUGCUUGAUGCUUUCCGGCUCAGUGCCCAAGGAUGGGUGCUGUGCUUCUGGACCAAACCACUUACUGUCACCCCCUCCUUCUCAUUACAUGAUGGGACAUUCUCAGAAGGUGGGAAGGUUUCACCAUAUUAAAGGACAUUGGACAUACAGACGACGUGCCCUAUUUUACGUGUAGUAGAUGGAGGACUCUUAAACGAAGUCUUGCUACUGGUUUUCUAGUCGUGUGGAAAAUAACGACCUCUUUUGGCGAUGGCUCGGACAGCCUUGAAGAAGAAGAGCAAGAUUCUCGACUUAUGGUUCCAUCUGAUCGGUGACUGGAGUUGGCCGUCAUUACCAUUUCAUCCCUUCCCCAUCCUCCUUGGUCUGAGAACCUGAAGUGUUACAAGUUAUUCAUUCUGAUGUCUUUGUUUCUUAGUAGCGUUUGGUUUUCUUACAUUGUAUCACAUCAUAGCAUUUAGGGUAACUUCAUUCAGUGGAAAAUGGUUGUAUUGUGAUAUUCCGAAACUGUAAUUCAAGCCUUUACAAAACAUCAUCGGACAAUUGUAGUUAAAAGUGGGAAAAAAAAUCCUACCAAAAAGUGUAACAUACAGGAUUAUUGCCGUAGUCCCCCCCCCCCCCCCCCCUUCCUUCAAGGGGUUUUCCGAGAUAUUUUAACUGAUGACCUAAUCGACUCUCCCCCAUUCAUUUCAGUGGGGCUAAGCUGUGCCCAUGUGACCGAUGAACGUGAUGUCACAUGGCCUAGGGAAAGCUGAGAGAAGGCCGUUUUGCUAGUGCCUUCUCAUAUAGAUAAUUGGUGGGGGUCCGACACCCGGUACCCCUACCAAUCAGAUACUGAUGACCUAUCCACAGGUAAUAUUGUGUCACUGAUAGGUCAUGUUUCAAGGCUCUUGAAUGGGUCGGACAUAGCCUUACAGGGUAGCUGCCUGUAGGGGGCAUGAGAGAGACAGUUUUCUUCCUUCUGGAGGAGAGCUAACUUGCAUACCUUUUCCCAGGGAGCAUUACCAGUAAGACUUCCUUCACGAGCUGGUCUCACCACAAAAAGAAACUGGAUCAUUGAGAGCUACAUUUCCUAUAACUUAAACGGGGCAUUCCAGGAAUCUAAUAUUGAUAGGUCUAUACUCGGGAUAGGCCAUCUAUAUCUGGUUGGCCGAGUAACACAGCUCCAUUCACUGUGUAACUGUAUCUCUGCAUCCAUUGAAGUGAAUGGGAGCAGAGUGGCGGUUAUCAGCGCCAUCCACUACACAAUGGAUGGAGCUGUGAAGAUCCCUGCCAAUCCGAUAUUGAUGACCUAUCCUGAGUAUAGACCAUCAAUGGAGUACGCCUUUAAAUAGACUACCUUGUUCCUUAUAUGAUGUUGGCACAGUGACCCAUUACCAAUCCAGCCUCCGCUCUAUGGGCCCUCACUGUCUAAACCAGGGCCUAUAGAUGCCUCUAAAAACAGAAAUAGUACUCCAUCGAGGUGUAUGAGAAGUCGCACAGCUUCCGUAUGGCUGUGUAAUUGGGGUCAGCAGUUGUCUCUUGAUCAUCACAGGCAGGAUUACAAUGGUAGAUAACACCUAUAUAUAGAUAAUGAUAUCCAACAUUCAUAAUAGGUGAUGUCACAUCUUAACCGUUUACUCCCUGCACAGUGACCUCUGCACAGAGCAUGCCCACUCUCCCAGAGAAUUCACUGAACAUCUCCCGAUUGCAGGUUCUCAUGAUCCAUAAGGCUGCUGUAAAACGUGUUCUGGAGGCUGUUAACAAAAGCUCAGGCAAGAUGGCUGCCCCUAUAAUCGUGUACAGAAGAUAGUACAGAAAUAAAAAAAUAAAUUAAUUAGUUACUCAAAAUACAAGAUACAUUCCCCUUAAAAUGGAUGAAAACCCAAGGAGGAGCAGUUUUUGUUCUGAUAGGACUCUACAAGUAACCCGACAGUAAUAGAAGUGCCUGUCUAUACUUGUAUGCCAACUGCCUGGACAUUGGAAAUGUUAUCACUUGAUGAUUAAAGUGGGACUCCAGCCUAAAUGUAUAACUUCACAUGUAACAUAUUCCUGCACAUAUGGAGCCAAGAGUAUUCCCAAUGCUUUGUUUUCAGGGUGACUUGUUUACUAAUAGACAGGAAGUCUUACAGUCGAACCCAUGACCGCUUGCUACCACCAGACUGGAACAGAGUAAAAAAUAGAAAGGGUCACAUGAUGAAAUAUGCAAAAAAAUAAAAAUAAAAAAUAUUAUGUAUAACCAGAGCAAUCUGUAAUGUAUAAUAUUUCCACUGAAUAAAUCUAUUCCCACUUACAUAUUUUUUUUGUACCUGUA